CCACUCGAAGCAAGCGGAGGGAGGCGAGAGGAGAGCAGGAAUCAUUUUUGAGGGAACUUCUAGUCUUCUACGGCGAUUCCACCGCCAGAAAGGCAUGCGGCGGGAAAAAGAAAUAAACCACCACCUCCUCCUCUUCUAAAUAGAUAGGCCCAUCGCUCGCCUCUUCUCUCUCCUUCUCUCUCGUUAGAAACCAAGUACCGGUGGGGAACGGAGCGGAGCUUCUUGAACAAGAGUCGCCGCUGCAGACGGAUCGGGAACCGGCAGAGCAAGUAGGGUAGUGGCACCGCACCUUGGACUCGGGGGAGUGAAAAUCCGAACACGUACACUUCAUGACAAAAGAAGCAAUGGACGAACCCGGCAUAAGCAGCAGGGAGAGGUACACUCGGUUCAUGGAGAACUCGUGCUGCACCCACUUCUCUCUCGGGCCCAACCCCUUCAUGGCCCGCUACGUCUACGCCAUCCUCUUUCUCCUUGCCAGCCUCCUGGCAUGGGCGAUCCGAGAUUACGGCCGCUCUGCCAUCUCCGAGUUCCGGCGUACGAACCACGCCCAAUUCGGUCCUUUUUUCUGCACUGGACGGUGUAUUAGGAUUUCCCAGUCACUUUUCUUGGAUUUUAAUCUAUAUGCAGGAUUAAAAAGCUGCCAUGGUGCUCGUUACUGCUUGGGUGCAGAAGGUGUGCUCCGCAUUAGCUUUGGCUGCUUCUCAUUCUUCUUUGUUAUGUUCCUCUCGACAGCGGGCACGAAGAAGUUAGAUGAUCCUCGGAACUCAUGGCACUCAGAGUGGUGGCCUGUCAAGAUCAUCAUGUGGAUGGGUUUCAUGGCGGUGCCAUUCUUUAUACCUACCGCAUUUAUCCAGCUCUACGGGAAGAUUGCACACCUUGGUGCUGGGGCAUUUCUUCUGAUUCAACUAGUCAGCGUGAUCAAUUUCAUUACAUGGUUGAACGACCAUUGCCGUUCCGAGAAAAAUGUAAAGAGAUGCCGCAUUCAAGUGCUGAUACUCUCCAUUGCUGCAUAUGUUGCUUCCAUUUUGGGGAUUGUCUUGAUGUAUGUAUGGUAUACACCAAAGUCAACUUAUAGGCUUAACAUCCUCUUUAUCACUUUGACCCUAGUGCUUCUACAAUUCAUGACCUUUGUCUCAUUGCAUUCUAAGGUGAAAGAAGGAUUCCUGUCACCUGGGCUGAUGGGAAUAUAUGUUGUGUUUCUUUGCUGGAGUGCAAUCAGGAGUGAGCCACAGACUGAGAAUUGGAACCAAAAAGCAGAAGCAAGUGCAGACUGGCUUACAAUCGUGAGCUUUGUUAUUGCUGUACUUGUCAUGGUCAUGGCAACAUUUUCAACAGGAAUAGAUUCCAAAUGCUUUCAGUUCAAGAAGUCUGAAGCAGAAUCAGAAGAUGACAUUCCAUAUGGGUAUGGAUUUUUCCACAUUGUUUUUGCCAUGGGGGGGAUGUACUUUGCGAUGUUAUUCAUUGGUUGGAGUGAACAUAAAACCAUGCAAAAAUGGACAAUAGAUGUUGGAUGGGCCAGUACUUGGGUCAGAAUUGUGAAUGAGUGGCUAGCAACACUAGUUUACGACUCUGCUUGCUGGUGGUUGAUGACUCCAUUGUGAUAUUAAGCGUAUCUCUGCUCAACAAGUCAGUAUGCUAUUGGCUCUUCAAAUAAAAGUGAUUAACAGCCAAGCAUAGCUUGGAUUUUGUUAGGUUCCACUGCGGUCUGUACAGUGGAAAUUUAGUUUGCUCUCCGAACUUCUCAGCCAUACAUGGUGGAUCGAUUUGGAAGUACCGUCAGCAAAGCAACAAAGUCACAAUCUCAAACUAAGUUUCCUUCUGCAGCGGACCUAAAUUACAUUCCGAGAACUAUAGUGCUAUUUUAUUGAUUCCUCCGAAAGUUAGAA